CAAUUUUGCGUAAUGAAAUAACCCGUUUUAUGAUUAAUAAGAAUGGAUUGAAAAAUUCUGUGUGUUCACGCUGGUCAUCUGCAUAUGAUUGUGUGCAAUCAGUUCUUAAUCUAGAAGUUUGUAUUAAACAGAUUUUAGAGGAUGAUAAUCUUGCUUUAACGUUAGAUUUAAGAAAUCUUGUACAAAAUCGACAAUUUUGGGCAGAUGCGAAAAUUUUAGCAAAAAUAUUAUUACCAGCUAAAAAUGCCGUCAAAAUGGUUGAAUCAAAAUCUACAACAACUGCCGACGUUUUUUUAUUCCUUAUUCAAAUGGCAACUGCUAUUAAUACACUUGAAAAAAAUAGUUUACCAGAGCAUGUAGAAUUUC